AUGGCCGCUCUGUCCGAUUUUAUCCACACUGGUGUUUGGAGGAGAUAUGAUGACGGCACGCAAUCCACCCUCAUCCUGACUGUGACCCAGGGCACGGGGGUGCUUCUCACGGCCACUCUGGCGCUGUUCGUGAGCCUGUCACUAGGCCAGCUGUGGUCCAUCAUCUGCUUCGCCCUCCACCAGGCCCGCUCGACCCCGGCGCCCCGGUCCGGCCUGCACCACCAGCGGCAGGCCCUGCUCCGGAGCGCGCCGUCGCCCGGGUCGACGGCGUGGACCCUCGUCCGGCUGGCCUGGACCUGGAGGGGCAAGUCGCCGGGCGUCCUGCCCGCCUCGUCGGCCCUGAUCUCCGCGGCCGUGCUCUUCAUCGUGGCUCUCGCCGCGUCCUCGCUCCUCUCGUCCAGGCUGCAGCUCGCCGGCGGCGACGUGCUCGUGUCGGGGGCGUGCGCGCGGCCCCUGCCGCCCACCGACGACGUGGACGCCCAGGAGUGGGCCUUCUCGUACGCCCAGGGGCUGGCGGGCAGGAAGCUGUUCGAGCGCGCCGCCCGCCUGGUCAGGGACUGCUACGGGUCGCGGGCGGCGAGCGGGGCCUCCCCCGACUGCGGUUACUCCCCCGUCGACAAGAUUCCCGUCACCAUCGACUUUGACGUGCCCUGCCCGUUCGCGGCCGAGUUCUGCUCCGGGAACUCGGCCAUGACCAUGGACUCUGGGCUCGUGGACUCGAACCUGCACCUGGGGAUCAACAGCCCGCCCGAGGAUCGCGUCAGGUUCCGGAAGGUCAUGACCUGCAGCCCCAUCGAGACGGAAAAGUUCGCCGGCCCGUGGACACAGAUGCCGCCACCGAAUUAUAACACUGGCGGGCAGGUCCCCGGGGUGUUUUACAAGCCUUUUUAUCUUGGUCCUCGUGGGGUGGUCACACCCAAUCCCAAGAACGGUCAAAGAAACUACACAGUAGAGAUCCGCCCCUAUGGCAUGGAGCUCAUAGAAAUCGGCGUCGAUGAGCCCAGGACGUUAUGGAAGCCGUUGCCCGGGCUCGCCGUCUCCGAUGCCGACCUCGUCAUGUUCGUGCUAAGAAACGACGCAGAGUACAGCAGCGCCGUCGAGGAUCCCUGGUUCCGCGCAACGAAGCAGCGUCGCCCCGGUGGCGGCUUCAUAUCCAAUCAGGAUUCCUCUGCCGUGUGUUGCACAGAGAGAUACCAGGCCUGCAACACCACGGCAUGCACCGGCCUCGGCGGCUGGCUGCCGGUUCUCAAAGCGGCCUCGAGCGAGACGGGCCUUGGGCUCAACGAGCGCCAGAAGCAGGUGUUCGACAUUCUCGAUACCGCAAAGGGCAACCAGCGCCAGUACAUCAGCGGCGGCGUCCUCCGCGCCCACGACUACACCCAAGUCUUAUCCUCCGUGAGCCUCCUCUCUUGGGGGCUGCCCCGGGACCAGUGGCAGACGGAGAUGUCCAACAUCUUCAACAUCACCAUGGCGCUCGCGCAGCUGAUCCCGACCUUUGCGCUCGAGACGCUCAACGUCCCCUUCGUCGCGCCGGGCGACGGCGGCGCCACCACGCACUGGAACCUCGGGGAGUACGUCAGCGCCAUGCGCAAGUUCCAGGUCUGCGGCCUGGCGCGGACCCGGAACCUGCGCCACGCCAACUUCGCCUUCGCGCCCUUGGUGGCCGUCCUGGCCGUCGGCGUCGCCCUCGCCGUGGUCAACCUCGCCUGCCUGCCCAACGCCGCCUUCUGGCUGCAGGGGAGGCUGGGGAUGAACAGGGCCUACCAGCGCCGGGAGUGGGCCCAGGGGCACCUCUUCAUGCUGCAGCUAGAGAAGUUCAGGGCCAUGGGCAUCGGCCCCUGGGAGGUGGAUGAGGAGGGCGGCGGGAUCCCGUGGAUGGCGGUGCGGGAGGGGGACGAGGUGCCGGUACUCGACAAGUUUGACGAUUUGUCCAAGAAGGCAGACCCGGACGGAGAGUCCAUCAAGACCGGGUAAUUGGGAAUUGGCAUUCAGAGCAGGACAAAAAUACAUGGAUCUAUCCUUUUAUUCAUUGUAGUCAGUGUGUUUCGAUGAAAGUCGCCGUGGC